GGAACCGAGGUACAAGCAAGAUUAGAUACCUGUUGCAACUGUGGUGUCGCUAUUAAAGAAGGAUAUUAUUUUAAAAUUGUGGAAUUGUGUUCAAGUCGUCAUCAAACUCUGCCUAAUAUACGAUCUUCACACCAUCCAGAUAUGCCGAAAAAUGGAUUUUAUGUUGAAAGAACAUCAGACGAAUUGACUAUAGGUCAAGAAAAUAUCGUGCAUAUGCCUUCAGGAAUCACUGUCACUAUUAAACGAAGAUUGCGGUCUUUUGAUAUAAUAAUCAAGGCUCCUGAACCUUACUCUUACGCGAAGAGGCCUGAGGACAAGCAUAGGCAUAGCGAAGGACUGUGUGGAAACUAUAAUGGAGACCUAAAUGAUGACUUCGAAGGGUUAACUAUGUCAGAAUUUGCUGAGACACACAGAAUUCAACCUGGAUCUAGUGAGGAUAUAUUCGCAUAUAUGGGGAAUGAAGCCGAAGAAAAGAUGAUGUAUGAAGAAUGCAAAGAAGACGAUAUAUGUGUUUGUAGACAUGGAGACAAUGCAAUUUGUAAUAGCCCGGAAACAAUUAAUGAAUGUUCCCCACCAGAACAGAAUUCGGCGAUUCAAAACCUGCAUGGAGAUAUAUGCCGCGGCGGACGCACAACUAGGAACGAUGACACUCGCAAAAGAGCGAUUGAUAUGCGAGAUGAUGACAUAGACGAUCAAGAUAUUAUUCCGCUGUACAACCCGCCUAAGCGUAAUCUCAUAGUUCCCUCGUGGCCGACACCCAGCGGCUUGACAAAGAAGAACGUAACAUCGUUAUGCAACAAAAGAAUAAGAUAUUCGAAAGCCGGAGAAAGCUGUAGUAAUGUAAAUGGUGUUAAUUUGGAUAGCCUUGUUAAUCAGUGCAUUACUGAUAUCCAGUUUACUGACGAUCCAUCAUGGGCUGUUGCAAAUGCUGGAGCUUUAAACACCGUGUGCAAGAAAAAUGUUUAUAAAAACAUAUCCUACUAUAAGAACAGCACAGAUGGCAUCUUGAAACUAGAGACUAAUAUUCUAGAUUCACUUUGUCCAAAUGAUUGCUCGGACCGUGGAAAUUGUUCGAACUCAACAUGCACUUGUUUUGAAGACUACACAGCUGCUGAUUGCUCAAUAUCAUUGAAAGAUAGCCCCAAACUAUAUGGCAUACGUAAAUCGGGAUUAUGUGAUGUAAGAAGAAGGCCGUGUCGCAAUGUUGGUAUUUAUGCUUUUCCAUUGUUGGAUUCUGCGAAUCUUACCUGCCACGUUCAAGAAAUUAAGGUUAUUGAAUCAGUAUGGGACCCAGAUAGUUCUAUCACGUUGUUUCCUGGAUUGAUGAUGGAUAUAACUGAAGUUAAAUGUUUUCUUCCCGAAUCACCUGUAAAUAUCGGUGACUAUGGUAACGAAGGAGUGGCAGCCGCUGGAAUAAAAAUUGCAGUAUCUAAUAAUCGGAUAAACGCAUCAAAAGAGUCCUUGUUGUUCAUUACUUAUGAUUCCGUAUGCCAAGAAUGCAAUGUUUCCACAGGAUGUCAACUUAAGGCUGAUGCUUGUUCAAUUUCUGGUCAUUGUUUCGCCAAAAAUGACAGCCAUCCUGACGACUGGUGUCGACAAUGUUUGCCUAACAUUUCAAUUUCGUCAUGGGAAAACCGAACAGACAACAAAAGUCCAAAGUUUAAUAUUUCAAAAACCUUUUACGCUUUUCUUGGUAAAGAACUCCGCGUACAACUCGAUGCUAUAGAUCCAGAGAAUAGAACAAUCCGUUAUUCUUUUACCUUGCAAAAUACUUCACUUGGCGCAUCGUUGACAGAAAAUGGAUUUUUUUCGUGGACCACCAAAACGAACGUCUCAGAAGUAUUUAUGUUCAAAGUAACAGAUGAAUGUGGUGCGUACUCAUCUGUUAAUGCAUCAGUUGCUAUAAAAGAUUGUCCUUGCAAAAACAAAGGAGAGUGUUUUCCUGACUAUCGUUAUCUUGAUGGAGCAGGAAACUUCACGUGUUCAUGCCCUGUUGAAUACACUGGUGUGCUGUGCGAGAAUGAUGUCAAUGAAUGCAGUGUUUCUGAACCUUGCUUCAAUGGAACUUGCAACAAUGAAAUACCCGGGUUCUCCUGUUCCUGCUUUGCUGGGUAUACUGGUCAUUUUUGUCAAGCUGAGAUCGACGAAUGUGCCUAUCAACCUUGUUUUCCUGGAAUUCUUUGUACAGAUUUAAUUGACUCAUUUAGUUGUGGACCUUGUCCGAAGGGAUAUACUGGUAAUGGAAAAAACUGUACCAGAAUUGAUGGCAAAGUCGACGAAUGUGUUAGGAAUCCUGAGGUAUGUCAUAAAAAUUCAAGCUGUGAGUACAAUAACGGUUCUUACGCCUGUCAGUGUAUACAUGGUUACUCAGGAGAUGGCAAGAACAAUUGCACAGAUGUUAAUGAAUGCUUGGAAACUUCUGACAUUUGCCACAAAAAUGCUACUUGCACCAAUAUUGAAGGAAGUUAUUCCUGUCAAUGUUUGAAAGGAUUCAUUGGGGAUGGUAGACAUAAUUGUUCUGAUGUGAAUGAAUGCCUGGAAACUCCUGAUAUUUGCCAUAAAAAUGCUACUUGCACCAAUAUUGAAGGAAGUUAUUCAUGUCAUUGUUUGAAAGGACUCAUUGGGGAUGGUAGACAUAAUUGUUCUGACGUUAAUGAAUGCGUAAAAAUUCCAGAUGUUUGCCAUAAAAAUGCAACGUGUAUCAAUAUUGAAGGAAAUUACACGUGUGAAUGCCUAGACGGGUUUAUUGGUGAUGGUUACCAUGAUUGCUUCGAAAAUAAACCUCCGCUUAUAAAAACUCCAAGUUCAGUCUAUGCGAUCUUGAAUAUGGACUUCAAAAUUCAGAUCGAAGCACGCGAUCCCGAGGACGAGGAUCUAGUUUUUGAGGUAAUGUCAAACGGAACCCUAACCACGGCUGAAAUCACAGAAAACGGUUUUCUUACAAUACCGGAACUUAAAGAAAGUGGAAGUGUUUAUAUACUGGUUAAAGAUAAAAAGAAUGCCCAGAAUUUUCUAGUUCUCAAUGUGAAAGCGAUGCAAUGUCAAUGUGAACAAAAUGGUAAAUGUCAGAAAAAGCAGAAUGUCACUUAUCCAGUGAAAAGAUCCGACUAUAUUUGCCGUUGUAAUGAACCAUUCGCCGGUGAGAAAUGUGAAAAACGCUCAAAUCCUUGCAGAGAACAACCUUGUUUUCCUGGACUCAAAUGUUCAUCCGCACUGAAUUCUGAAGGAUUUACCUGUGAAAAAUGUCCACCAUUAUUUAAAGGCGAUGGGAAAUAUUGUGAACUGAAUAACGUGAAAGACGUUGAAAAGAGCCACGUGGAGUCUAAGAUGACAUUGAAAAGUGAAGAAUGGGAUGACAAAUUAAUGGACAAUACAUCCAAGGAGUACAGGGGACUUGCCUCUCGGAUAACAAUUGAGAUCAGAACAAUUUACAACAACGUUCCAGGGUUUAGUUAUGUAAUUGUCAAAAACUUCAGACCCGGGAGUAUAAUUGUAAAUUUCAUGUUGAUAUUUUCCGAAGAAGUAAAGGCUCCUCUUGAAGCAUUGCUCAAGGUGGCAGAGACUGGAAAACUGGGGAACAUGACCUUCGAGAUGAACGUGAAUGGACCUGAUGUAGAGGACGACAAAAAUGGCUCAAUGAACGAAACGAUUCGCAUUGCUGUGAUAAUCGCUGGUGUUGUCGUCCUCCUUUUCCUCAUUAUACUUAUUGUUGUGCUGCGCGUGAGAAGACAGAGAAAGCACAGGGAAGAGGAACUAAGGAAGAAGCAAAGAGCCGAAAUUACAAGAAGCCAGCCGAAAGGAAUUUCAUACAAGGGAAAAGCUGGUGAAGAAAUGGACAUGAAAGAGAUGGAAUUCAAGGCUAGUUGCGUGGGUGGAGACUUAAAUAUCGAACCUUAAUUCGGCGAUUGAGAUUCAAUACCUGCUUUUAAAUGAGAACAUUUUAAAUAACGAUAUCAUAAUUGUUUUUCUGCACUAUCUAUAACGCUUACAGUACUGUCCAGAAAUAAGUAAUUAAUUUAGCUUGUAUAUAGGUACAUGUUUUAGCGUGUCCGAAAAUAACCUAACAAAAACCGAUGUUAACCUGGGUCAAACCGCGGUGAGACCGAUGUUGAACUUCAGUCGAACCUCGAUCUGUAACAUUCCGUUCGGAAGUGAACGGCAAACUCAUAUACUUAUUCUUUAAAAAUGAUUGCGAAUUGGGAAUACUGGGACCUUAUUAACACCAUUAAUAUAAUUCAAUAUAGAAAUUACUAAAUAGAUAUUAUACUACUACACUUAAUGUCGUUAUAUAAUUACACAAGUUACUGCAUUGAACAGUUCUUCUAUAAAAAGGGUUAAGUUAGCAGUAAUCGGUUCAUUUUGCAGUAAUUUUCUUAAAUGGACAUUAUUAUAAAAAGAAUGUCUCUACAUAUAAUUGGGUAAUGCACUGGAUUCUGCCAUAUUUGU